AGCCCUAGCCGCAACCCCAACCCCAUGGAGGUCGAGAUCAAGCUCCGUCUCCCCGACGCGGCUGCACACCGGCGCCUCUCCUCCUUCCUCGUGCCCCGCCUGCUCCGCACCGACGCCCCAGCGCGGCCCCUCGCCGCCGCCGCCGCCACCGCCGCCCAGCGGGACGUCCGCCUCUACGGCACCGACGACCGCGACCCCUCCCGCGCCGUCCUCACGCUCAAGCGCCGCCCGCGCAUUGACGCCGACGUCAGCCGCGUUGAGGAGGUCGUGGAGCCCCUCGACCCUGCCCUCGCCCUCACCUGCGUCGACAACCCCGCCCGUCUCGGUGCGGUCGACUCCCCCAUCGUCCGGCUCGUCUCCGACGAGUACGGCGUCGGCGGGGACAAAGCACCGUUCGUCUGCCUCGGCGGCUUCCGGAACACCCGCGGUGUGUAUGAGCUCGAGGAGGGCGAGGGGCUUGGGCUCGUGCUAGAGCUCGACGAGACACACUUCGAUUUCGGCACAAACUACGAGCUGGAGUGCGAGACCACGGAGCCCGACCAGGCGAAGGAGGUCCUGGACCGGCUGCUCACCGUGGCUGGGGUGCCGUAUGAGUACUCCCGGAGCAAUAAGUUCGCGUGCUUCAUGGCCGAGAAGCUGCUUCCGUGA